CUGAAAAAAGAGGGCCAGGAAGAUGUCAGAAGUGCCUUCAGUCCUUUGCAGGCUCCUCUUGCUGUUCAGUGGGGUGGCUUCUGUGACAUUUCACCAUCAUCGCUAUGAUGAUCUCAUGAGGACCUUGUACAAGGUACAUAAUGAGUGCCCCCACAUCACUAGGGUUUACAGCAUCGGGCGCAGUGUCAAGGGAAGACAUCUCUAUGCCCUGGAAUUCAGUGACUCUCCUGGAAUCCAUGAACUCUUGGAGCCAGAAUUUAAGUAUGUUGGAAACAUGCAUGGAAAUGAAGUGCUGGGGAGAGAGCUGCUGCUCCAACUCUGCGAGUUUCUGUGUGAAGAGUACCGCCAGAGGAAUGAGCGCAUUGUGCGGCUAAUUCACAACACGAGGAUUCACAUCCUGCCCUCCAUGAACCCAGAUGGUUAUGAAGUGGCUGCAGAACAGGGUCCAGAUUCCAAUGGAUAUCUUGUUGGCCGGAACAAUGCCAAUGGAAUAGACCUAAACCGAAACUUUCCAGAUCUUAACACCUACAUGUACUACAAUGACAAACAUGGAGGACCUAACCAUCACAUACCCCUUCCAGACAACUGGAGAAAUCAGGUGGAACCAGAGACAGAGGCUGUUAUAAAGUGGAUGGACUCCAUCAACUUUAUUCUUUCUGCCAAUCUUCAUGGAGGCGCAGUUGUAGCCAAUUACCCAUAUGACAAGUCCCGUGAGCAUCGGGUUCGAGGUUUCCGUCGUACUGCCAAUACUCCCACCCCAGAUGAUAAACUUUUCAAAAAGCUGUCCAAAGGCUAUUCCUAUGCACAUGGAUGGAUGCACCUGGGCUGGAAUUGUGGAGAUUACUUUCCUGAUGGCAUCAUCAAUGGGGCUUCCUGGUAUUCUGUCAGCAAGGGAAUGCAAGACUUCAAUUAUCUCCAUACCAAUUGUUUUGAUAUCACUCUGGAAUUGAGUUGCAACAAGUUUCCACCUGAAGAGGAGCUGCAAAGGGAAUGGCUUGGCAACCGAGAAGCAUUGAUUAGUUUUAUAGAGGAGGUUCACCAAGGCAUCAAGGGAGUGAUAUUUGAUGAAAAUAACAAUGGCGUUGCAGGAGCAGUAAUUUCCAUUGGUGGGAUUGCUCAUGAUGUUACCUCAGGUAAGCAAGGUGAUUACUUUCGGCUGCUACUACCAGGCACUUACGAAGUCACUGCCACAGCACCUGGGUACGGAUCAGAGACAACGACUGUGACAGUUGGACCUGCAGACCCAAAGCAGGUUAACUUUCAACUCAGGAAAGAUACCACCAAAGAAUCCUCUCAGAAAAAAGCACCUGCCAAGCCUUCCAGUGCUAAAAACUUCCUAAAGAAAGUGACAUCCCGAGUGAUUGGCAAAGAGACACGGAGAGACAGGCCUUGAUCAUGUAGCAGACAGCUCAGGUCACCCCUGCCUUAAAACUGGUCACCUAAACAAGGAUGAGAAAAGAGGACAAGAGGCAAGAUUGACAAGAGCCUAUUGUACCUGCUAUUAAAUAAGAUAAAGCUAUCUAUUUUAUUACCUGUGAGGUAUUUAAAUACAAAGCUAAUUCAGAACGAA